CGGAAAUUGUUGAUAUCUGACUAGCUUAAUCAGCUUCGCACGCAAAGCCGGAAAGGAAUGAAUGUUUGACACGAGAACUCUGCUGGGUUUUUAGCGAAGAAGAAAAUCAUAAUUGUAGUUUCAUCUGGACUGUAUUGAGAACUGAACAUGAUUGGGUGAAUGUAUGCGGCCCGAUACGUGAAUCGAGAAGAAGAGAGAGUACCGCAGAAUCAGACCACUAGCCAUAAUUUGUCGAAGCGUUGUGCCUGUUCAGGAUCGUCCAUCAUCACAGUUGUUGGCCAAAUUCCGAAUUCGUUUCCUUCCAAUAAAUAAAGACAUGCGAGAAUGUUCGGGAGAUCGAAGCCGAAGGAGAAACAGAGUCAUGCAAUCGUGCGAUCGUCAUGGUCUUUGGAACAACAAAUGCGCCGUGGGUUUGUUACUCGAAUUCGAACGGAUCCCAUCAGAAACAGGGUCAGAUGGAGAGUGAAGGCCCGAUUACGGAGUCUUACUCUGGAAAAGUUCUUCCAUCACCCCAAAACCGAUCGUCGUUAGCGGUUGCCCGUGAGUUUUAAAUAUCUCUGAACAGAAUUCGGUGCACAACUCUUUCAGCAGGUCAGUGACUGCGACCCAUCAGGGCCUACAAGCUGACACAGAUUGUAUACAAUUGUUUCGAUAAAAGUGAAUCAUUAUGAGACUCCAUAAAACCACGGGAUAAUUUACGGUUCUGAAAUAGCUAUUGCUGAGUGAGAAGCUCCCAGUACCUUUCAGCCAUGGCCAACAGAGGCGGUGGACGCCAGCUGGAAGUUAGAGACCUACAACAAUACGUGGCUACGGAAAGAGAAGACUUGCCCUCAUUCGGGUACGAGCAAAGCCAGUCGUCCGGGAACUUUGUGAGGUUUGUGGGCGAAGCCGAGAGGCUUCUGCAAGGCCAACUUGCUUCAACUCCCGCUGCUAGACAGGAAGCUUUUCAAAGAGCUCUGAGACUGUUAGCUCAGAGGCAGGACGCAAACGAGGCAGUUCAGUACAAUAACCAUGUACCACCUCCGCAGCAUGUUGCUGGAUAUCCUCAGAGACGAGAUAUUCCUCCUGUUCGAGCCCCUAGCCAACAGCCUACCCCUACCCGUACCCCUACCCCUUCAUGGAACGGCGGUUACAUGUAUGACUCAAGCACCAGCACAGGUUCUUCCUAUGACAGCGCGCCGCCACCAACAUCCCCGAGAAAACCACAUUGGUCCGAUGGUAUGGAUUUCACCGAGUAUUGUUUCUACAGCCGGCCGCCACCCCAUUUGCCAUAUCCACCACAUCAGCCUGAACUAGAAGCACCAGGAGACCUGAUUAUGUUUGACCUCCAUCCUGAAGACAGUACCACUUCCAGAAACUCUCGACCCGGUCGAGUACAUUACGAUGGUAAGGGCCCUCUGGGUCCAGGAGAUCGCCCAGAUCGUUUUGAUGCCCCGGCUUCUCCUGAAUCCUCGAACUCGUCUGAUCGACAUUACCAAGACUCGUCUGAUCCACAUUUCCAAGAUAAUAUGGCUCUAGGUGAGAUCAGAUUUUACACUCGCCAAGAUAUGCUUGGUGACCUGGAACUUCCAAACCAAGCGGAAAUAGAUGAAGAGCUGCAAUUCGUGUAUAAAUUAUAUCAGCAACGUUUGUAUGGACAAGCUCAACACUGUGAUAUGUCAUGCGAUACGACAAAAGACCCAAUAACUUGCUGCUGGAAAAGUAAGUGGGCAGAAAUGGAGCAAAAGAUGAGGACCUCUGAGCCAGAUUCACAUAUAAGAAGAAAAUUGAUUCUUGACCAGUACACGAGGGAUAUCAGAUUCACCGUAUUCAAGCACAUAAGGCGUGCGCAGAUGUGGCCGGAACAAUAUCCAAAAGACCUCGAAAUGGAACUUGAAAAAUUUUAUCAUACUUGCAAAAAUCCCAGCGGCGAAGACUACUGGCGUUGUGGAAAAGAGACUGGUCUUGGUAGCGAAGGGGUUGUUCAUUAUAUUGAGGAGAGACGAAAGAAAAACGCAUUAACAAACGCGUCUGAUCCACAUUACGAAGAUAAUAUGGCUCUAGGUGAGAUCAGAUUUUACACUCGCCAAGAUAUGCUUGGUGAGCUGCAACUUGUAAACUCAGCGGAUAUGGAUGAAGAGCUGCAAUUCGUGUAUGAAUUAUAUAAGCAACGUUUGUAUGGACAAGCUCGACACUGUGAUAUGUCAUGCGAUACGACAAAAGACCCAAUAACAUGCUGCUGGAAAAGUAAGUGGGCAGAAGUGGAGCAACAGCAAGAUCCAGAUGAAAAAAAACAAUUGAUUCUUAACCAGUACACGAGGGAUAUCAGAUCAACCGUAUUCAAGCACAUAAGGCGUAAUGAGUUGUGGCCGGAAAAUUAUCCAGAUGACCUCUAUGAUGAACUUGAAAAAUUUUAUGAUACUUGCAAAAAUCCCAGCGGCGAAGACUACAGGCGUUGUGGAAAAGAGACUGGUCUUGGUAGCGAAGGGGUUAUGCAUUAUGUUGAGGAGAGAAGAAAGCAAAGACAUCAAUAGUAAAUAGGAAUCAAUGAAGAGAGAAAAAUCCUUGUAAAACAUAAACACAUACUCUUUUAGAAGACCCAAACCUGCUCAACCUCUGUUUAUUUACAGUCUUGGAUGAUGCUAUUCACUUGCAUAGAUGCGUUUUUUUGGUGGGUUCAAUGGAAGUUUUGCAACGAUUAUGUUGAACACGUACUAUAACUUCAUAAAUUGUUCUCUUAGGAACUUUCCAAGAAAAUAUCUGUACAUGAGGGCAGUCCUUCUAAAAUUUAUUAAGACAUAUAAAAAGAUUAC